CGGUGAGGGAGAAGCCGGAAGCAGGCGCUUUAAGUAGAGGGUGGGGCGUAUUCAGUUAUAUUAACUUCGCGGGAGGCGCCGUUGAGAGCAGCUGUUUGCGGUUCGUGGUGGGUGGGUGUUCGUGUUCUGAGGUGAAGGAACAGAUUAUGGGCUGCUUCUUCUCCAAGAGGCGGAAGCAGGCCAAAGAGGCCAAGACUGCCGCCGAGGGCGGAGAUCGGAAUGGCUCUCUGUCCGCGGAGGCGGACAAACAGCCACAGUACAGUUGGGACCAGCGAGCCAAGAUUGAUCCAAAAGAUUACAUGUUUUCUGGACUCAAGAAUGAAACAGUUGGACGUUUACCUGGGAAAGUUGCAGGGCAACAGUUUGUCAUUCAGGACUGUGAGAAUUGCAAUAUUUAUAUAUUUGAUCAUUCUGCUACAAUCACUGUUGAUGACUGUAUAAACUGCCAAAUUUUUCUAGGACCUGUAAAAGGCAGUGUGUUUUUGCGUGACUGCAAAGACUGUAAGUGUGUUGUGGCAUGCCAACAGUUUCGUACUCGAGACUGUCGAAAGAUAGAAGUAUUUCUGUGCUGUACCACCCAGCCCAUUAUUGAAUCUUCUACAGGUAUGAAAUUUGGAUGUUUCCAAUACUAUUAUCCAGAACUAGCUUUGCAGUUGAAAGAUGCUGGGCUAAGCAUCUUUAACAACACAUGGAGCAAUAUCCAUGACUUCACACCAGUUUCAGGAGAAAAUAAUUGGAGUCUUCUAGCUGAGGAUGCUUUAGUUCAAGACUAUGUACCAUUGCCGACUACUGAAGAAUUAAAAGCUGUGAGGAUUUCAACUGAUGUCAACAAGAGCAUAAUUCCAAUAACCCUAGGAGGACGGCCAAAAAAAAGUGAGGAAUCUUGCUUAGUAGUGUUCUUUGCUGGAGACUAUACAACUGCAAAUGCAAGAAAGUUAAUUGAUGAGAUGACUGGCAAAGGCUUUUGGCUGAUACAGACAAAAGAAGUUUCAAUGAAAGCUGAUGAUGCUCAACGAGUGUUCCAGCAAAGAGCAUCUGAAUUCAUCCCUUUACUUGACAAAGGUCCUGUUGUUGCUUUAGAGUUUAAUGGAGAUGGUUCUAUAGCAGCCUGUCAAGACAUUGUUGUUAAUGUCUUUAGUGGAGCUAAAGUUUUUGUAUCUGAGGACAAGUUGUCUGCUUCAAGAGAAAUAGACAGUUUCUAUAAUUUUGCUGAUAUGCAGAUGGGAAUGUGAAAGAAA